AUGAGCGACGACGGCCCUCCACCGGUGCAUGACGCACAUAAGCGGCCGCGUCGGACGACGUCGUCGCGUGGAGCCGGCCGCAGCGUCAAGGCCGCAUCGUCUGCCACGUGCGCGGUGGCGCAGCGGCGUGCUGACCCACGUUUUGACCCGAUGUUCGGACGCGCGGAUAGACGCAUGUUCGAGCAGAAUUACGGCUUCCUGCGCGAGGCGGAGGCAAAGGAAGAGGCGGAGCGGCGCUUCCGCAUCCAGUGCCUCAGGUGCGUCAUUCGCCGCUGCGAGCUGGAGGAGGCCGGCGAGGACCUCGACGAGUACGACUUGUCCGACUACGAGCAGGAGGUCUUCGGCGAGGACCAUCAGCGCGAGCUGCGGGAGAUGAAGCUGACACCGCCACAGCGGCUCUACGCGGAACUUGAGCAGCUUCAGCGCGCUUCGCAGCUGUACGUGUCCAAGACGCGCGAUGCCUCCGUCAAGGAUCGGCGAUCCAGCGUGAAGAAGGAGCUUCUGCGGAAGGAGGUGGUGGCUGUGAAGGCCGGCAGAAAGGCAAGGCCGUACUUCCCGAAGCGUGCCGAGGUAAAGCGUGCGAUGACGGCAGACACCUUCUCGCGCCUCAACGACAAGGGCGGGAAGGCCGCGGUGGAUCGCUACGUCAUUCGCAAGCGCAAAAAAUAG